UCCAAACAAACCCCCCGACUGUCCUCAGAACACUGCCUCAGUUUCGCUUCUCUGCCUGCACAUGUCCUGUUUCCCAUGGCUUCCCGCAGAGCUUAUUCACGAGAUCUUUAGCUCACCAUGCUUGAGCCAGCUCGAUCUAUCAGUUCUUGCGCGGGCAUCGAGAGACUGGCACAACAUUGCGACGCCCAUCCUAUGGCGUCGCCUUCCGGGCCUUCUUCCUCUUCUAAAGCUCAUUCCGGAAGACGCGUCGAGUAUUAUACCAAUACAAUGCGAAGAUGAACGGCUGACAGGCUAUCCGAUCGAAUGCAUCACGAUUACAAGGCCACUCAUAGAAGAGGACUGGACGCCUGUCUAUCGACGUGCUGUGCUUGUGAAGGACCUCGAGGUACAUGCAAGCUACUCGCCUUUGUGCUCGGAAUUCACCACGCAAACGCUUGAAGCAAUAGCCGCAUGCCCUCCGUCGCGGUGCCUUCUUCCAGAACUGCGUAGCCUGCACUUGGAUAUCAAUCUACGUCAUGUCUUCCACACGAACACGCACCUCACCUCGCUGCUUGAGAUCCUUCUAUCCCCCAACAUUACUGGUAAUCUGGUCGAGGACCUCCGCUUCGAAAAAGAUCUCGGCUUCACCAGGCUAACCGAAGCGCACGCGGCCAUGCUUGUCAACGCUGCAGCUACCCGAUGGACUCACCUGAAGUCGGUUUCUCUCCAGGUCGAGCUAUGCGGACCGAGCUUGCUGGCCACAUUCUCCCAAAUGCCUGCCCUGGAGUUGCUGAAGUUGGCGUUUGAACAAAGCGCGGAAGAGUCCGAUAUCAUACCAGUAUCCCUGACACCCGGCUUUCUCUCGCUCCGCAGCCUGGAAUUGGGGGCAGUGGCGUCGGACGCCGCAGCAGCCGUGCUACAGUCCUGGGACCUACGCGCGCUGCAAAGCUUUGAAAUCACACGCAUUCAUAAUUGCGCCAAGCCCGAGGACCUCCUACAAGCCAUUCACGACUGUAUCGCCCAUGACGCGCUCAGAGUCCUCUCCAUUGAGGCGGAUUUCACCACUGGACCGGCGCCCAUGCUUGAACAUCUACGCCCGAUUGCCGUCUUUCGUCGCCUGGUCGAUGUAUUUAUCGACGUCAACGAAGGCCUGUUGCUUACAGAUGACGAUCAUGCGCAGUUGGCGGGGUGGUGGCCGGAGGCCGAAUACAUCUUCUUCAAUUCAGAAUCGCAUUGCCGCAUCUCCAACCUCUGCACGCCUGCGACUCUCCAUUGCCUCACGCACUAUGCGCGGUGCUGCCCGCGUCUCCAAGAACUGUGCUUACCCCUCGUGGCACACCCACCUAUCCCGGUCGUACCCGCAGACACGCCUUCAGGCCAUCCGCUCUAUGAUCUGGAAAUCGGAGACGCGCCAUUGUAUGCGGAAGAUGCUGCCGAAGUCGCGCAGUUUCUCGUGGGUGUCUUUCCACAUCUAGAAGAAGUUGAAUAUUUGGACCGAGGGUAUAGCGUGGCAUGGAAGCACGUUAACGCACUGUUGGAGUAUCGGAAUCAUCAGGCGCAGCUAGAUCGUGGUUGCUCUGACUCUCGACGACAUAGUAUAUAGAAGGCUUGAACUCGCCUAUGCCUCUUGCGGUUCUCUAUUUCUGAGCCUCGUAUUGAAUGAAGU